CUAAGUGACAGAAUGGCUUCCAGGAAUUUGGCAAUAGCAAUCAUCUUCUUAUCACAGACGAUAGCUGGAAUCCUGGGCAAUUUCUCUCUUCUUCACCAUUAUGUCUUCCAUUUCCACACUGAAGGGAGGUUGAGACCCAGAGAGCUGAUCCUCAUGCACCUGACUGUAGCCAACUCCUUGGUAAUUCUCUCUAAUGGUGUCCCCCAGACAUUGGCAGCUCUUGGUUUGAAAUAUUUCUUCAGUGAGAUUGGAUGCAAAUUUAUUUUGUAUCUUCAGAGAGUGGGCAGGGGGAUGUCCAUUGGCAGCACCUGCCUCUUGAGUGUCUUCCAGACCAUCACGAUCAGCCCCAUGAACUCCUGUUGGAAAGAUCUUAAAGUCAGAGCUCUAAAAUAUGUUGACUUUUUCAUUUCCCUUUGCUGGAUCCAAUAUAUGUCUGUAAAUUUAAUCUUUCCUGCGUAUGUGUUUUAUGUGUCUAGCAAAUGGCACAUGAAAAACAUCACAAAGAAACUAGAUUUGGGGUAUUGUCUUUCUAUAGAUAAUGAGACAGUCACAGUUUCCAUAUAUGCAGCAUUGAUAGUAGUUCCUGAAGUCUCACUUUCUGGGCUCAUGAUCUGGACCAGCGGCUGCAUGGUCUUCAUCCUGCACAGACACAAGCAGCGGGUCCAGCACAUUCACAGCACUAAUGUCUCCCGCAGACCCUCUGCUGAGUCCAGAGCCACCCAGAGCAUCCUCGUCCUGGUGAUCACCUUUGUAUCUUUCUACUUACUGUCUUCCAUCUUUCAUGCUUGUAUUGCUCUUACUUAUAAUCCCAGCUGGUGGCUGGUGAAGACAACUGAAGUAAUUUCCGUGUGCUUUCCAGUUGUCAGCCCAUUUCUGCUCAUGAGACAAGACUCCACAGUACCUACACUCUGCUUUUCCUGGAUAAGGAACACAAAAUCCCCUAAUCUUACCAGAAAAAAUGUGAAUUGA